AUGGCUGCUGCCUCCACAUGCUCCGUCCGCCAUCCGGUUCACGGCGCCUACUGUGACAAUGGUCCACCUCAUGGGGCACAUAUUAAUAGCAGCCAUAACCGCCCGCUGCAUAUAGUUCCUCAGCCUGCCCUUGCGUCGUCUCCACCCACUACAAACCCCGGAGAUGUCUCAACCCUUUCUGCUGUCGAAGUCGAUCUUGCCUCGCAAUCCAUCUCCUCUCUGAAUAUCAUGGAAGUCAAGGAAACCAUGCUGCACGUUACCGAGCUUCCUCUCGAGAGCCCAGGCCUCGCUGUCGUCGAGCAGCCCUCGUCUCCGAAGAUGGAGAGUAUCCAAGAGUCGACGUCCACCGGAUUGGACGUGCCCGCAGCCACUUCCUCGCCGGCGUCUGCCAAACGUCGGACGCCCAAGCGAAAGCGAACCGCCUCACCUCCUUCGCCUGCCUCGACCACUCCCUCCCAGCAUCUCCGUUCAACAUCACGCAGCACUCGACGCUCUGCGCCGCCCGGAAGCCGUCAUAGCUCGCUGCAUUCGCACCGCCGCGCGGUGACCACCUCUUCUCUCACUCCGUCCUCUCAGCCCAGUCCUAGCGACCCUGAAACCAGGCGCCAGCACCUCCUCGCCUUGCAUCGCGAAUCUUGUCGCCUCUUCCAGAACAACGGACUCGUCAAGGAAACCGAGCCCAACACACCCUCGCCUUCCUCCACCGGAGCCCUGCAUAGCACCCCUCCACGCACCGUGCGCACCUACUCAGACCUCAGCACGCCACCUCUAUCUCCCACCCUGCACUCCAUGUCCAGCAGGACCGCCCAAAGACCGCACUUCCCCCCUCCCCGCCGCACCUGCUCCGCCUUCACUGCGCGAGACUCGGAGCCCAUCUCCCCCAUCCACCCCUCCACCACCGUCAUCGACUGGACCUCGCCGUCGACCCGCCGCCGCGAGUACAAGAAGAUCGACCGCGCCAGCAGCGGCGUGCGCGGGUUCUGGCGCCGCGUGGCGCCGCGCUGGGCGCGCUUCGGCGGCGACCGCACCCCGUUCUUCGAGCAGGACAAAGACGGCAAGGGCAAUUACGAGGGUAGCGUGCGUCGCUUCCGUAUGGAUUUGCCCGACGAAACGCCCGCUGUGCCCGAGAGAGCGGGGACCAUGCGCGGGCUGAACUUGAAGAGAAAACUUGUGGGGAGGACGAGAAGUGAUACUGCUUGA